GAGAGACAAACGUCAUGAUGGGAGAGAGAGAGAGAGAGAGAGAGAGAGAUGCUGAAAUACUGAAGGCUGUGCCUGGAUCACAGUCAGUCCUACUCUCAGCGUUAAAGAUCCUGGAGAUGUGCAGGUUUAUGUGUCAUGGAUGCAAAUAUGAUACCAAAAUUCACCUCCAAAGACGAGGAAAUUGACUUCUGGAAAGCUCUUUCACUCAAGUACAAGAAAAGUUAUAAGGAGGCACAGGAGGAAUUGCUGGAGUUCCAAGAGGGGAGCAGAGAGCUGGAGACAGAACUGGAGACACAACUGGGCCAAGCGGAGCAUCGCAUCAGAGACCUGCAUGCGGACAACGAGAGACUGCAGCAUGAGCUCGACUCACUCAAGGAGAAGCUGGAGUAUCAGUAUUCUCAGAGCUAUAAACAGAUCUCGGUGUUGGAGGAUGACCUCAUCCAGACUCGAGGCAUCAAGGAGCAGCUGUAUAAAUAUGUCAGAGAGCUAGAGCAGGCCAAUGAUGACCUGGAGAGAGCUAAGAGAGCCACGAUUACAUCUCUGGAGGACUUUGAGCAGAGGCUGAACCAGGCCAUCGAGAGGAACGCCUUUCUGGAGAGCGAACUGGAUGAGAAGGAGUCUCUCCUGGUGUCUGUGCAGAGACUAAAAGAUGAAGCUAGAGAUUUGCGGCAAGAGCUUGCAGUGCGAGAGACCCGGCCCGAGGUCACACGAAUGUCGGCCCCCAGCUCUCCAACUCCAGACAUCGACAAAACAGACUCAGCCGUCCAGGCCUCCCUGUCUCUUCCGGCUACACCGCUCAGCAAGAACCUGGACAAUACUUUCACCAGCCAGACAGCUCUGGCCAACAGCUCCACUAAUGCAGCCCUCACUCCAUCUGCUAGAAUAUCAGCGCUCAGUAUUGUUGGCGAUUUACUGCGCAAAGUUGGGGCUUUAGAGUCUAAACUCGCAACCUGUCGAAAUUUUGCCAAGGACCAGGCAGCCAGGAAGAACUAUGUCACAAACAUCAACGGCAAUCUGAUUAACGGAGACAUUUCAAAUUACUCUCACUCUCUCCACACAUCCUACUUUGACAAAGCCAGAAGAGAGAGGGUCAUUUUCCCAGCGUUGCUUUUGGCAGGACAGUGAACGGUUUGGACCCCGGCGCCGUGACGAACAUCACAGCUCCUCCACGCUCCAACUCUCCAUCCAACCUGGUGCUCAGCGUGUGACCCUCAAACACACAUAAACUCCAUUAUAACCACUUUACAACAAUAUAACAAUUCAUUGUAAUACACUACUGAAUCAGAGUUGAAAUUACAGUGGGUUACACCGCGGCUAGUAAUGCUAGCCCAACUGUAGCAGCACCUCAUACUAGUCUAUAGGUUGCAAUAUCCUACAUUUUACGGCUGAAGUACUUGUUAAUAGUUCCUAAACAAUGUAUAAACCUAACUAAUAUAUUUAUGGUUACAGUUAAUUUAGAUAUAAGCAUAUAUGUAAAUAUUUAAUUUGGUUUUCUCUGUUCUUUGCAAAUUUGAUGUUUUUUACCACGGUCCAAAAAUGUAUUUAUUGCUAUAGUGUCGGAUGGAAUUGUAUGUGAAAGCUGAAAACAAAGGGAUUUUACAUUGUUAAUUUAAGUUGUGUAACACAUGCAUUGUUUGUGUACAAGAAGAUAGACCUGAUAUAUAUAUAUGAGAUGUACUGUAUACUGAAAAAGAAAAAAAAGAUGAACGGUGACGAUCUGACUAUCUAGACUUACAUGUCAUGGAAACUGGUUUCCAUUUUUAUCCCCAAUUCUUCAGUCUUUUUGUUUUUCAGUAGGAUCUACAGUAAGUGCUAAUGUUUGGCUCUGAUAGGUAAACUUCCCCUAAUUUUGUCCCCCGAUACAUGGCCUGGUGUAAGUGUGAAACAUCUGGAGUUGCACGAGAGGUUUGUUUUGGCUCCUGCAGGUUUGCAAUUUAAACACUGGUUCUGUCAUGUUGACAAUCGACUGCUGUGGUGAUAAUGUAUGAUGUACUUGCUAUCGAGUCCCAGGUUGGUUUCCCAGCCUCAUAGUAUUUGUUGGAUUAAACAUACCUUAUUUUUUCUUUGUUGUGAAUGACAAAUCUUGUUCAUUUUGGUUUGAAUAGUGCAGUUUGUUUUAAAAGCACUUUUUGUUACUUUCGUGUGUUCAAAUAAAUGGCAGUUUUCUCACAA